AUGACAUCACAAUUUAGGUUACGGUUGCUAGUAAGUUUAUUGGUGCUGGUGACAAUGGGGUUGUUUUGUCAGUUAUGCCAAUUUAUGUAUGCAUGUGGAAAGAGUACAUCAGCAUUGGCUGCUUUGUUCACUGUUUUCCUUGCAUUCUUUGGACAUGUUUGGAUGAGCAUACAUUCUAAUGCUUUGACAAGAGCUCGAAAAGCAUUUUUUGACGAAUCAAAUGUGUUACAAACGUAUCAACCACGUGCGAGAACCAUGGGCCAUUUGUUUUGUCCAGAACCACCAACACCAGCACCAGCACCAGUACCAGCACCCACAAUAGUGAAAUUCAAGGAAAGUGAAGAAAUGACGAACACACGUUCUGAGCAGGAAAAUGCUGCAUUCAACGCUAUGCGAGAUUCGCAUUAUGCAAACAUGUUCGACUAUGCGAUGAAAAUGCAGAAAGAAUUGCAAGCAAUGGAAAACGCUGAGCAUAGUUCAGGAGGCGUCACCACGCAAACUUCGCAGUCAACGGCAGGUUCGUCAGGAACGAAAGGGUCUUCGACAACAGCAGUGGAAUCAGAGGGGAAUAUUAUUUCUGACAGGAAAGACAUGUCAAUUUGA